GAGCGGUGGCGGGACCUUUUCGAUGCCAUUGGGUGGUCCGCUCGCAGCUGGGCCGGGACUUGUGCGUGGGAGGACCGCUGGUUGGUCUGGGCAGCAGUGAAAAACCUGGAUGGACAGCCGCGGGCGUACCAUCCUAUUGGUCGUGGCCUGACCGACGCAGAGCUCCGGAACAAAGCCGGGAGCUUUCUCAAGAGCUGGGUCCAUCACGUUGACCGCAACACGUGGAUGGCGCUGCUGGAUACGAGCGCCGCCAAAUUUGCCAGCUACCAG